CACGUGUUGUUGCGAUCCGGAUAUCUAAGAGCAGUAAACUCAAUCAGUUUCGUUUCUGUACGUCUACAUGUUGCUCUAGAUAAUGAUUAAGCGUUGUGACUGGUAUUAGGCGUCUAUUUUUGAUUGUCUUUUUUUUAAAUUAGUGAUGGAAGGUAUGGAGGCGAAAAUUAUUCAGAAUCAAAUAGAAAGUAAAAAAAAACUUUUAAAAACUGUUAAUUUAUCAGUUCUACACGAUAAAGGGGCAAAAUUGAAGAAUCAAAUAGCAGAAUUAGAAAAAGCACUGCAGGACUUCAAACUUCCAUUAGAAGAAGUUGAUUUGGAAAAAAAAUGCAAUAUAACAUCAGCGGAUUCUUUACCAGGACAUUCAUUAGAUCAGUUAAGUAAAACAGUGAGUGAGAAUGGUGAACAUCUACAAGGAAGUUCAUCUAAUGUUAGUAGUAAAGAAAUUUCAACGUCUGUCUCAGAACUUUCAUUUGAGCAGCUAAGUAAAAUGGUGGCAAAGGAUAGUUCUUCAAAGCCAAUGUUUGAUUCCCCUUCGUUUAAAAAUUGGAGAGGUGAAAAAGUUACUAGACAUAUUAAGUUAACUGAACCAAAACCACUAGUAGAGUGUUUGACAAAAAAAAGUAUACCAGGUGUCGGUACUACCAAUGCUGCUUUGCCUUUAGAAAAUGAAGCUAGUGUAAAGAAAUUGCAUGCUUCAUUAGUCUCGUACACAGAUGAAACAAAAGAAGAAGAAGAGCCUCUAUCUCUCCUAACUUCUUUAAUGAAGCAUCAAAAAAGAGCCUUAGCCUGGUUGUUAUGGAGAGAAAAUCAAUUACCAAGUGGAGGCAUCCUUGCUGAUGACAUGGGACUUGGGAAAACAUUAACCAUACUGUCGCUGAUUUUGAAACAGAAAGAGAACAAAAAUUUCCUUUCAAGUUCUCAGUCUGGAAAUGACAUUUGUAAAGGAACUUUAAUAGUGUGUAUGGCUUCCAUUAUUCAUCAGUGGAAAGAUGAAAUUUGCAGACAUUGUGGUAGUAAUGUAUCAGUUUUUAUAUAUCAUGGCCCAAAACGGCAGAAUGAUCCUAGACUUUUUAAGUUACAUAAUAUAACUUUAACUACUUAUAGUAUAUUGCUUUCAGAAAGGAAAGCCCAUAUGAGCACAAAAGCAGAUAAGGCUCUGUUUUUACUGAAAUGGGAAAGAAUUAUUUUAGAUGAAGCUCACACUAUUAAGAAUCACAAAUCUCAAACUGCAGAAGCAGUUUUUAGCUUAAAGAGUUUUCGACGGUGGUGUGUGACGGGUACACCAAUUCAUAAUAAUUUCGAUGACAUGUACCCUUUAAUAAAAUUUUUACAGUUUCCAACAUUUGAUGAUUAUAAAAAAUGGAAGGCAUUAAUCAGUGAUGUUAGUGAUGUUAGUAAAAAAAGAAGAAAUAUGUUAGUAAAAAGUAUCUUGCUGCGAAGAACCAAAUCUGAUACUACUAAUGAUGGUAAGCCAUUAGUUAAAAUGACAAAAAAAAAGUAUGAUGUAUGUUUCAUAGAACUUGAUGAUGAUGAGAUGAAAGAAUAUGUGAAAUUUCAAAAAAAGAUCAAUGAGAAAGUUAAAAAAUAUUUUGAUCUUCGCUUAAUGCAUAAAAAUGCAAAUACAAGUUCUUCUUUACUAGUAUAUCUACUUCGUUUACAACAAUGCUGCAAUCAUCUGAGUCUUCUAGGUGAAGAAAUUGAAGAGGAAAUUUUACCAGAUACUUUAAAAGAAAUUUCAUGUAGUUUAUCUUCAUUAAAAAUUAAAGAUAGUAAUGUGACUGAAACUGAUCAUGAUAAUGAACAAAGUCUUGAACUCAGUUUAACGGAAUAUCAAGAGAAAAAAUUAACUGACCGUUCAGUGAAAAGCACAAAACUUAAGAAGCUUUUCAGUGAGCUGAAAAAAAUUUCUGAAGAAUCAGAGGAAGCAAAAAGUGUAAUUGUCUCUCAGUGGGUAUCCAUGCUUGAAAUAGUUGCGUAUCAUCUUCGAAAGGAAGGUUUUAAAUAUCAUAUGAUUGCAGGUAACACAAAACCAGAGGACCGUCAAACUGCAGCUGAUGAUUUUAAUAAAAAUAGACUUGGAUCUAAAAUAAUGUUGCUUUCUUUAAAAGCUGGUGGCGUGGGCUUGAACCUCACUGGUGCAAGUCAUUUGUUCCUGAUGGAUCUGCACUGGAAUCCAGCACUAGAAAUGCAAGCAUGUGACAGGAUCCAUAGAUUAGACCAGAAAAAGGAUGUUGUUAUACAUAAAUUUAUAUGUAAAAAUACGAUUGAAGAAAAAAUUUUGGAUUUACAGAAAAGUAAAAGCUACUUAGCUGAUACUGUUCUACAUGGUGCAGGGCGAGUCACAAAAGGCAUAUCGCUGGAUGAUUUUAAGACUUUAUUUAGUAUAAAAAUAUGAUUCAUUUAACAAAUGGGUAUUCCAGAAAUGAGUGAGUUUAAGCAUAUUUUCCCUGCAAAAUGUACUGUAAAACAGCAAGUUUUCUACUGUUGUAUGCAAUUGGCCAAAGUUUUAAUAUUUUCAUAAAUCUUGAUACUUGCUAAUAAAUAAAAUUUUAAUACCAAAAAA